AUGUUCAACUUCAACCUUUUCAAGUCUUCCUCCUCUCAGGAGGCUGAGCCUACUCAAGCUGUCGGUUGGAACUCAAACGCCUUCUCCAUGCAGCAGCCCUCCAGCCCUGCUGCCCCCUCCACUAACAAGAACGUUGUUGAUGAGCAGCCUUCUGGCCAGGAGCAAAUGCAACUGCGUGGAGGUGGUGGCGGCGGUCUCUGCUGCGGUCUCUGCGCUGGUCUUGCAUGCUUCGAAUGCUGCGAGAUCUGCUGCUAG